GGAUCAGAUGUUGGCCCAGGCGGACUCCUCAAUAUGGGCGACUCCAGGUGUGGACAGUUCACUGGUGCUCUCAGAGACAUGAAGGCCACCAUGGAACCUCCUCUCCUCCGCAUGGAGAGGAGUCAGCUAAGGUACUGCAGACAUUUUAGAGGCCUUCCUCAGGAGGUGUUUAAGGUAGGUCUCACCGGGAGGAGGCCCAGGGACAACCCAGUAUCUGCUGGAGGGUCUACAUCUCGUAGCUGGCCCAGGAACACCUCGGUCUUCAUCCCGGAGGAGCUGGAGAGGAAAAGUAAAGUUCAUUAUCAUGUGGCAGUGAUCAUCAACUACCUGGGUCACUGCAUCUCUCUGGGAGCUCUGCUGCUCGCCUUCAUGCUCUUUAUGAGAUUAAGGAGCAUCCGCUGUCUGAGGAACAUCAUCCACUGGAAUCUGAUCUCAGCCUUCAUCCUGAGGAACGCCACCUGGUUUAUCGUACAGCUAACUAUGAAUCCCUCGGUUACAGAGAGCAACAAGGUGUGGUGCAGGUUGGUGACUGCAGCCUAUAACUACUUUCAUGUGACAAACUUCUUCUGGAUGUUUGGUGAAGGAUGCUACCUGCACACCGCCGUGGUCCUUACCUACUCCACCGAUAAACUCAGGAAGUGGAUGUUCAUCUGCAUUGGCUGGGGUAUUCCGUUUCCCAUCAUCGUGGCAUGGGCUUUUGGGAAACUGUACUACGACAAUGAGAAGUGCUGGUUUGGGAAGAAGGCAGGUGUUUAUACAGACUACAUCUACCAAGGUCCUAUGAUCCUGGUCUUGCUGGUAAGAACUAUGAAGGCGGUGAAGGCUACGCUGGUGCUGCUGCCGCUGCUGGGAAUCACUUACAUGCUGUUCUUUGUGAAUCCAGGAGGAGAAGACGAAGUGGCACAGAUUGUCUUCAUCUACUUUAACUCCAUCCUGGAGUCUUUCCAGGGUUUCUUCGUCUCGGUUUUCUACUGCUUCCUCAACAGUGAGGUGCGCUCCACGGUGAAGAAGCGCUGGAUGCGUUGGCACGAUCGUCACUCCAUCCGCAGCAGGACGGUCCGUGCCACGUCGAUCCCUACGUCUCCCAGCAGAGUAUCCUUCCACAGCAUCAAACAAUCCUCCAACCUCUGAUCGUCCAAUCGCAGCUUUUAUUAGGACCACCCCAACCAAUCAGAACUCUACACUUGAACUGGAUCAGAGCAGCCAAUCAGUACAGGACACGUGUUUAUUAAGGUGAUCAAAGGGUCUGUCAAUCAAGAGGCUGUUUGCUGCAUCUCCAGUCGGUGGACUCGACGAAUCAGCUGCUCUUAAUGGCUCCAAUGACGCACCAGGCAGCUAUGUUCAUGCUGUUGAUAUGGGUCUGUGGAUUGGUUAUGUCUAUGCUUAAACUUCUGAUCACCAGCUUUCUUUCCCUGCUUGCCAGCAGGGGGCGCUGCUGAACAUUUAAAGUCUGGUUCUUCUCUUUAUGUUGCUGUGAAUUCUGAAGACUAACCCUGGUUCUGUUUCUGCAGAAUCAAAGCACAAACCUCCCUUAAAGGUUCUAGCAGGUUCUAACACAAUGUUGAACACAUCAAAUGGGCUGCAGCUGAGAAGAAGCUCGAGUUUGAGGAACAAACAUGUGUCAGAGCCUGAUUUACAGAAACAUGGAACAGGUCAGAGAUUAAAUCCUGAGAAUUUAUUCUGAAUAAUUAACCUGUAAAUAGAUAAGGAACAUACAGUGGCUGACAGAUGCUAGCAAUGUUUAAAUACGUGUUGCACUGCAAAUUCAAAAGGUCCUGUUAACUCGGAAAUGA